GGUAUAGCUUGAAUAAGAAUUCCCAGAUUUAAAAUGGAUUUUUCAUUUGUAUUUUCAGGUUUUCUUUCCAAGUCCUUUUAUAUACACGUGACAGCACCGUUUGCAUUGUGCAAGGCAAAAGCAUUGAACCCAAAAUUGCUUUAAAAUGAGUGGUAAACAACAGCCAAAAAUUCUGAUUAAAUCCCGACCCACUGAUGAUUCGGCCGCAGGACCUUCGGUGGCAAUGCCAAGAAGAACGCCAACCAUCCUAGCUAAUGUCGCUCCCCAAAUCGCUGGUUCGUCUAAAAGUGCCGAUUCCAGGCAUGGUGCACCAUCGAAAUCACUUCCGGUACCAACCGCUCCCGAUCCGUACAGUUACACGCCCAUGGAUGGGUCACUAGUGUUGUUAAAGAAUCAUAAUGCGAUUAACUACCGCACGCUAGACUUUCUUCACGAAACCAACCAAGAUUAUGUCGUGAUUGGAACGAUAGGCAUGCCUGGUGUUGGCAAGUCCACGGUACUCAAUCUGCUCAACACAAAUCUUUACUCUCCCGACCAGACCGACAACAAAGGGGAUUGUAUUUUUCCCGUACAUGGUGCAAUCAACAUUGCUGGUGAAAAUGAAGUUAGAAUGCACAUCACCGAAGAUCGAUUAGUUUUGUUGGACUGUUGCGAGCCAGUGUUUGGUCAUGCUAGAAAAGAUUUCAUACAGCACGAACAGGAUGAGCUGAAAAAGUUGAUGAUUCUGCUACGAAUUUGUCACGUAAUUUUUGUUGUACAGGAAGAAUACUACAACAUCCGGCUAAUGCGUACGCUCAUGUGGGCGGAAAUGAUGACGCAAGUGCACUCCAAUCUUCCGACGAAGCUGGUGUUCAUCCGGAAUAAAGUUGUCCCACACAGCGAAAGCCACGAUUCGCGAGAGAGAAUGAUCAAUUUGUACAAACAAAUGUUCCUCAACACUUCGUCGUUUGCCGUGACGAGCACCUGUUUCGGUGGAGAUACCGGAGUGCAGGAGGAAGAAAUUUUCAAUUACAUUGAAUUUCCCGUGCUGGAAAAAGGUUGUGAUACCGUCAUCAUUACGGAACAUUUAAAAGAAAUAAUAUUGUUGUUGCGGCAAAUGGUGUACGCAGGCCGGAAUGCCAUUAUGGCGCAGAAUUGUUCGGAAAAGGCAUGGGGUCAAGCCUUGGUUAAGCUUGUCGAUUGUCCAGAGAGUAACUUUUUCGUCGACAAGUAUGAAAAGUUGAAAGAAAAAUAUAACCUCCACAAUCACGUUAAAAUCGUGGAACAUUCCUACCGCGAUCCAACGGGGUUGCAUUUUGUGGAAUAAAAUGCAAUAACAAACAUGUAAAACGGACAGUCUACGCUCAACACUUGGCUUGAGUAGUUUAAUGUUUAAAAUACAUAUUUUACGAGAGGAGAGUAAUUGUUAAAA